AUGGGUAGUUUGGCUUCUAUUUCAGCCUCAAUCCGACCUUUAGCUAUAGAUUUUCAGCGGUUGGCCAAUAGUGGUGUUAGACUUGAUGUCACGCCUUGUGGAGGGAUACUUGCUUGCGUAGUUGCACAGUCUUCUUUGAUUGAGCAGAUCAAAGCUCAUCAGUUCGAGGAUCGCCGGUGGCUUAAGCUCAAAGAGCAAGUGGAGCAGGGACAGAAUAAGAGAGCGACUAUUGACUCCGAUGGAGUGUUAUGGCAUGAUGGCAGGUUAUGUGUACCAGAUGUAGGAAACCUGAGGCAAACUAUUAUGGAAGAAGCUCAUAGUUCUUGCUAUUCCAUACAUCCGGGAGCUACAAAGAUGUAUCAAGACUUGAAGAAACAUUUCUGGUGGAUGAGGAUGAAGAGAAACAUAUCUGAUUAUGUGGCUCGUUGUUUGAAUUGCCAACAGGUUAAGUAUGAGCAUCAAAAACCUGGAGGGUUAGCUCAGAAUCUGGUUAUUCCCGAGUGGAAGUGGGAGAGAAUCACUAUGGACUUCGUGGUAGGCUUGCCACGUACUCUGAGGAGACAUGAUUCAGUUUGGGUGAUUGUGGACAGACUUACCAAAUCCGCACAUUUUAUAUCGGUUCAGACUACAUUCACAGCAGAGCGGUUAGCACAGAUCUAUACUCGUGAGAUAGUUCGAUUGCAUGGCAUGCCCAUUUCUAUCAUUUAUGACAGAGGGUCACAGUUCACAGCUCAGUUUUGGCAGUCUUUUCAGAAGGCUUUGGGUACUAAGGUUGAGCUCAGUACAUCAUUCCAUCCGCAGAAUGAUGGUCAGUCAGAGCGGGUUAUUCAGAUCUUGGAGGACACGUUGAGGGCAUGUGCCAUCGAUUUUGGAGGUGAGAGGAAGCUUUUGGGUCCAGAGAUGGUUCAGCAAGCUUUGGAAAAGGUAAAGGUAAUCCAAGACCGGCUCAAAACAGCUCAAAGCAGGAAAAAAUCCUAUUCGGACAAGAGAGUCCGUGAUCUUGAGUUCAUGGAGGAGAUCCUAAAGCGGAUAGGAGCAGUUGCGUAUAGAUUGGCUUUACCGCCGUCCUUAGCAGGAGUUCAUCCAGUUUUUCAUGUUUCCAUGCUCCGAAAAUACUCUAGAGACCCGAGCCAUAUCGUUCAGGUUAUUGACCAUGAGACAGUUCAGUUUGAUCAGAAGUUAGCCUAUGAGGAGGCCCCAAUAGCUAUUUUGGACAGGCAGGUUCGCCAGCUGAAAUCCAAGAGUAUUCCUUCUGUAAAAGUCUUAUGGAAGAACCAUCCGAGUGAGGAAGCUACUUGGGAGGCAGAGCAGGACAUUCGAGACAGAUAUACCGAACUUUUCUCUUGA